AUACACAUCAGCCGACCGCAGCUUUCAGCUCAGUCAAAUAUCCUUUAACAGCAUCACAUUGUGGGCAAAGACUGGCGCCCGGAGCGUCGCUGGAACCAUGCCUCUCCUGCAGAUCUGGACUGGGGAUUUUUAUUCACCGAUUUGAUUGUCAGGAGGCUGCUGCUUCAGCCAUUCAUGCCAGUGUUUGCUUUUUUUCUGCCUUUCCCCCCCUCCUUCCCCCCACAACUGGACUUGUCAUCACUUUUAAAAGUAUCCUGUAUGCUGUUCUUUUUUAUUCGAGCAAAGAUGUCUGAUCUUCUGGUGCUGGUCGAGGGACUCUGUGACCUGCACGGAUUUCCAUAGCUGAGGGAAAACAGCGGGGGCCAAAUAUCAGAUUUUUCUUUUGUUUUGUCCUUUAUAAUGAAGAAAUUGCAUGAGUAGAUGUAGGUGAGUUCAUUUGACUGGUUUAAAAGGGCAAUUAUUAUUAUUUUUUUAAUUGCCUGCUUUUAGUUUGUGCGUUUUGGGGGAGGACCACUGGACUGGUUGGAUUAUAGGAACUAUAAGGAUUCGUGGAGAUGUUGGGUCGUCAAGAAGAAAAAAUAUGUGGAAUUUCCUCUGCUUUGGCGGCUUUGUCAUUCCUAUGCUUUGUUCAAAGCUCCUCCACCGGAAGCAGCGGAAUGUCUGUGGCCAAGACUACCGUGGACAAGUUGCUGAAGGGAUAUGAUAUCCGUCUCAGGCCUGAUUUUGGAGGUCCUCCAGUCAUUGUAGGGAUGAGCAUCAAUAUAGCCAGUAUCGACUCCAUCUCAGAAGUAAACAUGGACUACACUAUCACAAUGUAUUUCCAGCAGAGCUGGAGAGACAAACGUUUGGCCUACGGAGAGCUGAACCUAAACCUGACUUUAGAUAAUCGUGUAGCAGACCAGCUGUGGCUCCCUGAUACCUACUUCCUUAAUGACAAGAAGUCCUUUCUUCAUGGUGUGACUGUGAAAAAUCGCAUGAUCCGGUUACACCCUGAUGGCACAGUACUAUACGGACUGAGAAUAACAACUACUGCUGCCUGCAUGAUGGAUUUAAGGAGGUACCCUCUUGAUGAACAGAACUGCACUCUGGAAAUUGAAAGCUAUGGAUAUACAACAGAUGACAUCGUAUUUUUUUGGCAAGGAGACGACAACGCUGUGACCGGGGUCGACAAGUUGGAGUUACCUCAGUUCUCCAUUGUGGACAUCCGCUUGGUGUCGAGGGAGGUCAGGUUUACUACAGGUUCAUAUCCGAGGCUUUCAUUGAGUUUCCGGAUUAAGAGGAACAUUGGCUAUUUCAUCUUGCAGACAUAUAUGCCCUCCAUCUUGAUCACCAUCCUCUCCUGGGUCUCCUUCUGGAUCAAUUAUGAUGCCUCUGCAGCUCGUGUGGCCCUCGGUGUGACAACGGUGCUUACCAUGACCACAAUUAACACUCACCUUAGGGAGACCCUCCCAAAGAUUCCUUACGUGAAAGCCAUCGACGUCUACCUCAUGGGCUGUUUUGUGUUCGUGUUCCUGGCCCUGCUUGAAUAUGCCUUUGUAAAUUAUGUGUUCUUUGGCCGGGGCCCUGCACAACAGAAGAAAAUCAAUGAGAGAUUGGGCAAAGUCAACAACGAGCGCACAAGAUACGAAGAGAAGCGCCUGAGGGAACAGGACUCCAUUUCCGUGCCGUUUCAAACCAACACCUUCAGGUCAUUUACACAACGAAGAAAUCUGUAUCUCGAGGAACAAAGAAAAGUUGGGGUGGAUGCUUAUGGAAACAUCCUCCUCACAACACUGGACAUGAACAACGAGGUGAUGCCUUCUGACGUGGGUAGCAGCAUCGGUGACUCUCGGAAUUCCGUCAUGUCCUUUGACAGCUCCGGGGUCCAGUUUAGGAAACCCAUGACUCCACGGGAUGGCUACAGCCCCCACUCACUGGACCGAAGCGCCAUGCGGAGCAGGGCCAACUGUCGGCUACGACGACGCUCCUCAAAGCUCAAGUUGAAAAUCCCAAACCUGUCAGAUGUUAGCACCAUUGACAAGUGGUCCCGGGUCAUUUUCCCUAUUACCUUUGGAUUUUUCAACCUAAUCUACUGGUUGUACUAUGUGAAUUGAUGUGCAUCCCACUAGGAAUCAUGGGCCAUAUUUUGAGAGCACAUUAAAUUGGCUUUGAUACAGUUCCAAAAUAUGUAUACACAUAUACAAGUUGAACAUAUGUAUAUGCAUAUUUCCAUAUAUUAUAUUUAUAUAUACACAUGUGAAAUCUGAAGGACCUUUCUGCUGUACAGAGUAUUACUAGGAUGACUUGAAUGUUUAAGAAUACUUGUGCGAGAAGAAUUUCAACGCCUUGAGUUUCUUUUUCCUCCUGAAACAAACAUGUUCCCCAUCAAAGGGGUUUUCGGAACAAAAGACUGCAUGAUAUUUUUGCUAAAAAAAAAAAAAGAAAAGCAAAAAAAAAAAAGAUUAAAAAGAAAAAGUGAACACUCUUGAUAGAGAAAAGAUGUCUCAGAGUUCCAUUGACUUUUUAUUGAUACUUAUCGUACUCAGAAAUCCUCUUCAACAGCUUGAGAAAUCAGCAGUGGCUUGUCUGUCCCGGCGUUGGCUCAGUGAGGUCUUUGGCACCACCUUUGAUCCCCGCUCACCUUCUGCCAUUACCCAACAGAAUGACGUACGGAAACCUACAAUUCUACAAUGUACAGCGACCUUGUUUGGAUUAUGUGGUGUUCCUUGGCUUUUUUUUAGAGUGAAUAUUGUUCACCUUAUCAGACAUCAGGUGCAGCUAAAUGGUCUCCAUUUGGUUGGCAUAUUGAUAGGUUAUUAAACCGCUGCAUUUACACCAACAGUUUAACCUUAAACUUGUGUUCCUGUUUUUCCUCUUUUU